GGGAUUCAGCAGCACAUCUUUUCAGUGUAGUUUUGUGUGCCUCACUGUCUCCCCUGGCUGACUAAUUCAGUGCAUCUUCUAGCAGAGUUGAUUGUUGUGAGAUCGCAGGUCGAGAGGAUGACAUCUCGAGUGUACUGCUCGUUGAGUGUUGUUUUAUUGUGUCUGUCUGCAUGUUUGAGCACAAACCACGCUGGAGUCGUAGCAAAGCAGGGACAGUGUCCAAGCACAAAAUCUGGUGGAGGAAACUGUGCUGAGUUGUGUUCCUAUGACCGUGAUUGUCCCAACAAUGAGAAAUGUUGCAGCAAUGGAUGUGGACGUCAGUGUAUGGCUCCAUAUACAGUGAAGUCGGCAGCUGAACCGGCAAAGCCUGCAGUUUGUGCUGAAAACUGUCAAAAAGCUCACCCUGAUGCCCAAUGUUUUGGCCCUAAGGGGGGUCCUCCAGAGCCUGUAGUGAUGCCUGCGGCCGAACCAGUGAAGCCUGCAGUAUGUGCUGAAAACUGUCAAAAAACUCACCCUAAUGCCCAAUGUUCUGGCCCCAAGAGGGGCCCUCCAGAGCCUGUAGUGAUGCCUGCGGCCGAACCAGCAAAGCCUCCAGUGAAGCAUGUGGCCGAACCAGCAAAGCCUCCAGUGAAGCCUGUGGCCGAACCAGCAAAGCCUCCAGUGAAGCCUGUGGCCGAACCAGCAAAGCCUCCAGUGAAGCCUGUGGCCGAACCAGCAAAGCCUCCAGUGAAGCCUGUGGCCAAACCAGAAAAGCCUGCAGUAUGUGCUGAAAACUGUAAAAAAACUCACCCUGAUGCCCAAUGUCCUGGUUUUAAGGGGGGUCCUCCUGGACAUAAAGAAAGUGGCCAUGCAUGCAGUUAA